AUGCUUGGAAGACGGAAAUUAUCACUCUUCAGUUCAAUCUUUUUGCUUCUUGUCGUUCUUUUACCGGUUGUUUUUUCAGAAAUUCCAUUGGGUUCAAGGCUAUCUGUGGAAUCGAAGAAUCAUUGGGCUUCUCCAAAUGGAGAUUUUGCAAUUCGAUUUUUUAAUCGCUUAAAUGAGUAUGGCAUUGGGAUCCGUAUAAACUCAGGGUUAAUACCAGUUGAGAAACAACAAGUUGUUUGGGUUGCUGGUGGCGAUUUAAGAGUAGGAGAUAAAUCAUACUUCGAGCUCACCAACAAUGGAGAUUUGGUUCUUUUCGAUUCCACAAGAGGAGUUGUUGUUUGGGCAAGCAAAACCACCAAUUCAUCUGUUGCUUCAGCAGUUCUGCAAAAUGAUGGCAAUCUCGUUCUUUUGAAUAAUAAAAAGGACAUUGUUUGGCAAAGCUUCGAUACUCCAUCUGAUACGCUUCUUCCAGGCCAGAAUUUAUCUUUAUCUCAAGUGUUACGAGCUGCUAGCAGAAAUUCUGUUUCGAGUUUUUACAGUCUGAGAAUUGGAGCCAUCGGCGAUUUGGAACUCAAGUGGGAAAACGAUAUUGUUUAUUGGAGGAGUACAGCAACCCCAAAUCAAUCGGAUCUUCGAGCUGUUCUUGCUUCUGAUGGUGCCUUCCAACUGUUCGACAAAAUGUCAAAACCAGUCUGGUCGGUUUUUUCUCAAGAUCAUGGUGAAGCAGAUGUGAAGUUUCGGAUCCUUCGGUUGGAUGUGGACGGAAAUCUCCGGUUACGCUCAUGGACAAAAAACUCAUGGAAAGUAGUUUGGCAAGCUGUCGAGAAUCAAUGUGAUGUUUUCGCAACUUGUGGAGUGACCGGAAUUUGUGCGUUUAACGAAACAGGCAUUCCAGUAUGCAAAUGCCCGUAUUCUCUGUCCUCUGUUCCUUCUUCCAAAUGCUUGCUUCCAUAUCAACAAACCUGCAAAUCCGGUUCUUCCAUGAUUAAGCUCGAUCAUACUUCAUUAUAUGCUAUUUAUCCACCUAACGAAACGAUAAUCUCUCAAAUCAGCUCUGACCAGUGUCAAAACUUAUGCGAACAAGAUCACCUCUGCACCGCGUCAACCUUCAUGAACGACGGCACCUCGAAAUGCCGAAUCAAGAAAACACAAUACGUUAGCGGUCAAUCGGGGUUUUCUGUAAACUCCGUUUCAUUUGUCAAAAGAUGCAGCGAUCCCAUUGCUGUCAUCCCCAAUUUAUCCAAAUCAAAACCUGCAAAUCCCUCACAAAAUCCUCCAAUACAAGAUCCACAUAGUGCAAUUUGCGUUUCUUGUGUGAUUGGAAUCGGAGGCGUUACGAUUCUCGUGUUUGUCGUGAUUCAUUUGGGCUUAACGGGGUUUUGGUUCUAUCGAAGAAGGUAUUCUUUCAAGACUCGGGCUUUUUCCGGCGAUGGGCCUAACCCUAGUGGCUUUCUUGCUUUGACGUAUGUCGAAUUGAAGGACAUAACCGACAAUUUUAAACACCGGAUCGGAAAAAGUACGUUCAAAGGCGUUCUCCCGGAAAACCAACCGGUUGUGGUCAAAGACUAUGGUGCCAUGAACGUUGACCCAAGAAAGUUUAGACGAUUGAUUUUGAAAUUAGGAAGCAUUCAUCAUAAAAACUUGGUGAGAUUAGAGGGUUAUUGUUGUGACCCGAGUUAUAAGUUUUUGGUUCAUGAGUUUCUCACAAAUGGCUCACUUGAAAGUUGUUUGGAAGACCCGGGGUUACGAAAAAGGCUUACAUGGAGGAAAAGAUUGGAUCUUUUACUAGCGGUUGCAAGGGCAGUUUCGUACUUACACAUGGGGUGUCGAGAGUUCAUAGGACAUGGAAGUUUAGGUUGCGAAAACGUGGUUUUGGAUGAGAAUUUAGAAGCUAAAGUGAAUGAAUUUGGUCUCGAGAGUUUUCUUGGUGGCGGUGGUGAUGGUGGUGGUGGUGGAGGAGUGUGUGCGAGGGACAUACGGGACUUUGGGUUGAUUGUGUUGGCGGUGGUGAGUGGUGACCCGAAGGCUGAGUGUGGUGGUUGUGAUUGGGCUUAUGAGAAAUGGGUGGGUGGCAAUGUGGCGGAAAUUGUUGAUAAGACAGUGGAAGGUGGUGUUGAUGGUGAUGAGUUGGAGCGGGUGUUGAGAAUUAUGUUUUGGUGUUUUCAGUCGGAUGAGAGAAUGAGGCCUUCAAUGGGAGAGAUAGUGAAUGUCUUGGAGGGUGCGGUGGCUGUUGAUCCUCCACCGCACCCUUCUGCUUGUUGUAAAAUACCGUCGGAGGAAGGAUCAGACUCUGACAGCACUUAA